AUGCAAAAAAAGAUUGCCUCAUUCUUUAAAUCAAGUAAAAAAGGAGAUGAUUCAAAUGAUUAAAUUAAGGAAUAAUAAUUUAUAGAAGAAAACCUCAAAAAGGAAAAACUAAUUAUAGAACAAAAAGUCUCUUCUUCUAAAUCAAAAUAACAUAAUAUAGAAAUUAAAGGUGCUGUUUUAUUCAUAGAUAUGGCUGAAUUAUAUGAACAAGUAUAGAAUAAUUUCAAUAUUAAAGGUUGGAGAAAUAAAAGGUUAAAAUUCAAAGGAUGCUAUUAAAGAAUUAGUAGCCAAAAUGUUUAUAAGAAUCAUGAAAGAAAAUAGGGAAGAAUUUGUACCAGCAUACUUAUUUAGUAUUUUGAAAUUGGGACCUGAUUAUGAAUCAUGGGAAUUAGGGAUUGGAUAAGGAAUCAUUGUUAAAUCUAUAAGUGCCGUUUCUGGGAAGAGUGUAUAUAAAAUAUAACUAUGAAAAGGAAAAAUAAGUGAGAGAAUUAAUGAACACAUUGGGAGAUUUAGGUUUAGCCAUUGAAAAAUCUAAAUCAACUUAAACAUAAUUAAAUAAAUUUUUUGUAUCUUAGAGUGUCAAGGAGGAAGUUAAAUUAACAAUGAUUUAAGUAUUUAACAUUUUACAGUAAUUACAAAAAUAAGAAGGCACAGGAAGUUCAUUAGAAAAAGAAAGAAUUUUGACUAAUUUAUUAAGAAUGGCUAAACCUAUUGAAGCCAAAUAUAUUAUAAGAUUCAUAGAGAAAAAUUUAAAAAUUGGAGCAGCUGAAAAGACUAUGUAAGCUGCUUUGGCUAGAGCAUUUUAAUUAUAUCAUAAAGGGAAUGUUGAGGGUGAUUAUGAAAGUAUUAUAAAUUAAGCAUUAUGUGAAUGUCCAAAUUACAAAAAGAUUAUUGAUACUUUAUUUAAUAUAUAGAAUUUAAAAGAAGUUCCUGAAUUAUGUCAUAUAAUUCCAGGAGUUCCAUGUAAACCUAUGUUGGCUAAACCUAUGAAAUCUAUUUAGAUGAUAUUUUAAAGAUUUGAAAAUAUGAAAUUUACAUGUGAAUAUAAAUAUGAUGGAUUAAGAGGAUAGAUUCAUUUUGAAAAUGGUCAAGUGAGUAUCUUCUCUAGAAAUCUAGAAAAUAUGACUCAAACAUAUCCAGAUAUUGUUACAUAUAUUCAUAAUCAUUAUUAACAUUUGGAUGGUUUCAUUAUUGAUUCUGAAAUUGUUGCAUAUGAUGUUGUAAAUAAUAGAAUAUUACCAUUUCAAACUUUAACAAGUAGAGCUAAAAAAAAUGUUGAUUAAAAUCAAAUUGAAAUUCAAGUUUGUUUAUACAUAUUUGAUUUAUUAUAUUUGAAUAAGCAAAGUUAUUUAAAAGAGACUUUAGAAAAAAGGAGAUAGACAUUAAGAGAAACAUUUAAAGAAGAGGAAGGAAAAUUAAAAUUUGCAACUUCUAGAGAUUCAGAAAAUUUUGAAGAAAUAGAAGAAUUUCUAUUAAAUUCAAUUAAAAUGGGGUGUGAAGGUUUGAUGAUAAAAACUUUAGAGAUUAAUUCACAAUAUGAACCAGCUAAAAGAUCAUUUAAUUGGUUAAAAUUAAAAAAGGAUUAUUUAGAUAAUGGAUUAUCUGAUACAUUUGAUUUAGUACCUAUUGGUGCUUGUUAUGGAACAGGAAAAAGAAAGGGAUUUUAUGGAAGCUAUUUAUUAGCUUGUUAUAAUGAAGAUAUGGAUCAAUAUGAAACUACUUGUAAGAUUGGAACAGGAUUCAGUGAUGAAAAUUUAGAAAAGUUCUUUUAAUUCUUUUAAGAAUACUUAAUUCCACAUCCAUUAUAAGAAUAUAAAUGUGAUGGAGUGAAUAUGGAUGUUUGGUUUAGUCCUGUUGUUGUUUGGGAAAUCAAGAGUGCUGACAUUCAAAUAUCACCUAUUUAUAGUGCUUGUUCUACUAUCUUAUAAUAAAAUAAUAAAGGUGUAGGAUUGAGAUUUCCUAGAUUGAUUAAAGUAAGAGAAGAUAAGAAACCUAAUGAAGCCACAAGUUCAUAAUUUUUAUAUGAUGUAUAUAAAUAAUAGGCUGUUGUUGCCAGUAAUAAUACAUUUGAUUAGGAUGAUGAUUUUUAUUGA